AUGACGGGCCCACAGGGUACAGAGGGAGACCGGGGCACGUCACUGGCUGGUCUGAAAGGUGACGAGGGUGACCCUGGCUCUCCAGGGCCCCCUGGUCCAGAUGAGUUAGUUCAGUCUCCAGACAUCUUCUACCUGAAGGGCUUUAAGGGAGACAGGGGGAGCCCAGGACUGUGUGGACCCGGAGGCCCAGAUGGUACCAGAGGCUCCUAUGAAGGCGUGAAGGGAGAGAAGGGGAUUCCUGGUUUCCCUGGCCUGAGGGGUGUUCUGGGGUUUCCAGGACAACCAGGUCCAUCAGGAACACAGGGUUACCCUGGAGAAAAAGGACUUUCUGGACUCAUAGGGAACGCCGGACCAAAGGGUUACCUAGGAGAACCUGGCCCCCAGGGGCCAACAUUAUACAUCUCCCAAAACCAUACAACAGGAGAAGGAGGUGUGAAGGGGGGGCAAGGGGAGCUGGGCCUUCCAGGACAGAGAGGAGAGCCUGGUGACGCUGGCCUCCAUGGACCUCCAGGACCACCAGGGGGCAGCCUGCCAGGUCCUCCAGGGCUGCCAGGCAGAGCUGGGACCCCCGGCUCUAAGGGCUACAAGGGGGACCCUGGCAGGUAUUAUGACCUCACACCCAGCGAGGGGCCCCCAGGAUCCACUGGGGCCCCGGGGGCCAAGGGCUUCCGAGGCCCUCCUGGCAUCCCAGCUUCAGGAUGUCGAGCCGCCAUCUGUGCUCCUGGAGAUCCUGGACCACAGGGGGAACCUGGAGCCCCUGGGCCCCCGGGACAGGCUGGCAUGAAGGGAGUCAGAGGCCCAGUAGGAGACUGUGAGUGUGUCCUGGUGGAGGGCCAGAAUGGGGCACCAGGCCCAGAGGGUGUCCGGGGCCCCCCAGGGUACGAUGGGCUCCCAGGGACCAGCGGUCUGAGAGGGGAGCUGGGCCCCAACGGAGACCCCGGCCUACCUGGACGUCAGGGUAACCCAGGACUUCCUGGUCUGAGGGGGGUGAAAGGUCAAAAGGGCACGGCCUUCGGGACCAACAUCAGAGGACUGAAGGGAGAUCCAGGAGCUGCAGGCUUCAGGGGCCCCACAGGCUCACCCGGGAGCCCAGGACUGGACGGCUCCCCUGGGCCGCAAGGAGACCCAGGACCGCCUGGGGAAGGCGUGGCAGGGACCCGUGGUGUUAAAGGUGUCCUAGGCUCCCCGGGUCCCCGGGGGCCCCCAGGCAGGGCAGGCCCCUCAGGGUGGGGGGCCCCAGGUGGCCGAGGGUACCCUGGAGCCCCUGGAGACAGCGGCCGGCAAGGGCCCCUUGGCCCCCCUGGCACCUCCGGACUCCCAGGGGACAUGUUGCCCUGCCACCCCUCAGGCCCUGGCACCCCGGGCCAGAAAGGACCGCCUGGAUCCCCAGGUAGUCCCGGCCCUCCAGGAAUUCAUGGUUUCCCUGGUAACCAAGGGUUGAUUGGGAUCAAAGGGAAGAGAGGAGAUGAUGCUGGGAGCUGGGAGACCGGACCCCCAGGACAGUCUGGGGAUCAGGGGGCUCCAGGGGAACCAGGCCCCAAGGGCAUCUCUCUAGACGGGCCCCCUGGCCUCCCCAGCCCCCCUGGGGCCCCCGGCCUCUGGGGAGCUCCAGGAGACGCCCUCAACGCCAGGCCGGGACGCCCAGGACCAGGGGGCCCUCGUGGGUCGCUGGGGAGGAAGGGAGUCCCUGGUCCCUCCGGCCUGCCUGGAGCUCCAGGUUUCCCUGGCCUGCCUGGGGGGCUGGGGCACAAAGGACACCCAGGAGAUCCAGGUUACCCUGGAUCCCCCGGCCCCCCUGGCCAGGACCACUCAGGCUGCCCUGGGUCCCCCGGCCCCCCUGGACCAUCUGGUUUUACAGGACCAGCAGGUGCCAGUGGAGCAAAAGGCAUCAGGGGAGACCCAGGUGUUUCUGGAGCUGUUAGGGGGCCUCCAGGGGCCCGGGGUGCCCCAGGCCUCUCCUCCCCAGGAGACACAGGCCUUCCUGGGCCACAAGGAGACCAGGGCGUGCCUGGCUCUCCAGGACUCAAAGGAGAGAGAGGGGCCCCUGGUAGGCCUGGGUCUGGGGGGGCCUCUGCCCUCCCUGGGCCCCCCGGCCUCCCAGGGAGGAAGGGCCAAAGGGGCCCUGAUGGUGCCCCAGGGGGUCCAGGCCUCCAGGGCUCCAAAGGUCAUACGGGCCUCCCGGGGCCACCAGGUCAGCGUCCCAGCAACAUGGACUACAUCAAGGGAGGCAUAGGGCCCCCCGGCCCCCCAGGGCUCAACGGGUUCCCUGGACCCCGAGGGCCCAAGGGUGUCCAGGGGCCCCCAGGACUGAAGGGGAGGGAUCAUGUUGAGGGGCCCAUAGGGGAGAAAGGGUCCUCGGGCCCCCCAGGUAGAUCAGGGAGCCAGGGCCCCCCUGGCCCCUCCGGACCUAAGGGCUUCCAGGGGGUGGUGGGGUUUCCAGGGCCUGUAGGAGACCCGGGCUACCCUGGUUUCAUUGGUCCUUCUGGUGACCCUGGGUUACCGGGCCACCCCGGAGUGAAGGGUGACCCUGGGGAGUCUCUGGGCCAACCUGGCCCCCCAGGACCCAGAGGACCUGCUGGAGACCCAGGACCUAGAGAGUGCGAGGGUGAGUCCAGCAGACAUCCCACCCUACACAACCAGUUCAAGUGUAACAGCACCCAUUCAUCUCUCCUCUCCCUUCUCCUCUCCCUAGCUGCUCAGGGUGCUCCAGGGGACCCAGGACGUCCAGGUCCUGCAGGACAGCCUGGACCCAGAGGGAGCCCAGGGGCAGCAGGCCUGUUUGGGGCAGCAGGCGUCCAUGGUCCCAGAAGCCCCCCAGGACGUUCAGGGUCUCCAGGCUCUCCAGGAACCCGGGGAGGAGAGGGGCCUCGGGGGGGCCUCGGACCCCCAGGAGCCUCAGGGCCCCCCGGGCCCCCUGGCCUGGACGGGCUGGAUGGACUGCAGGGUCCCAAGGGUGCGAAGGGGGCGCGAGGCCAGGAGACGUCUGGGCCCCCAGGACCAGAGGGCUUCCACGGGGAGAAAGGAGCAAGAGGAUACCCUGGGCCCCCAGGUCCCUCGUACCCUGGACACCAGGGCCUCACUGGGCCUCCUGGCUUCCCUGGUGACCCGGGGCGACCAGGACCUGCAGGUGUGCCUGGAGGAGGGUGUGGGGGCCAGGGGAGAGGACCUGCAGGUGUGCCUGGAGGAGGGUGUGGGGGCCAGGGGAGAGGACCUGACGGCCACCAGGGGGAGCCUGGGGACGAGGGACCUUCAGGCCCCCCAGGUCCCCCCGGCCCCCCAGGAACCGGCCAGACCAUCCCAGGAUCCCCUGGGCCCCCAGGUGCCCCGGGCCAGGCUGGGCUGAAGGGCGAGAGAGGGUCCCACGGCCCCCGUGGGCCAGCAGAGCACCCUGGGCCAGCGGGGCCCAAAGGCGAGAGGGGACCACCAGGUGCCAGAGGCCCUGAUGGACCAUGUGGUCACCUUGGCGAUGUUGGACCACCUGGGCCCAAAGGAGACAAAGGCAUGACCGGAAACACAGGCCCCCAGGGUCCACCAGCUAAACUCCCCUGUAACAUCAGCUCUGCCGGCCCACCGGGUCCUGAUGGUGUCCGUGGUAACCUUGGUCCCUCUGGCAACCCUGGACCCAAAGGCACUAAGGGUCCAGCGGGGUCCAGGGGCCCUCCAGGACAGUUGGGCCCCCCUGGUCUCCCAGGCCCUCGGGGGGACCCUGGAGUCCGGGGGGACCCUGGGGACCCUGGAGACCACGGUCACCAAGGCUUCAUCGGGCUGCAAGGCCCCACCGGCCCCCAGGGAGACCCUGGCCCCCCGGGGGGGUCUAAGGGGGCCAGGCCCGGGUUCCUGCUGGUGAUCCACAGCCAGGCGUGUGAGGUGCCCGUGUGCCCCCAGGACAGCCCCCUGCUGUGGGAGGGUUACAGCCUGCUGUACCUGAAGGGCAAGAAGAAGACCCACCUCCAGGACCUGGGCCAGGCCGGCUCCUGUCUAAGGGUCUUCUCCACCAUGCCCGUCUCCCAUUGUAACUCCGCCUCCUGCCACUACGCCAGCCGCAACGACAAAUCCUAUUGGCUGUCCACCACCGCGUCCGUUCCCAUGACGCCGUUCUCCGGCCCCGACAUCCGCGCCCACAUCAGCCGCUGCGUGGUGUGUGAUGCGGCGUCGCCGGCGGUAACCGUCCACAGCCAGGACCCUACCCUCCCCUCCUGCCCCCCCGGCUGGAGGGGUCUCUGGUCUGGAUACUCCUUCCUCAUGACAGGUUUAGGUAACAGGGGUGGCGGUCAGGCUCUGUCAUCUUCAGGCAGCUGUCUGAGGGACUUCCGUUCCCAGGUCUUCGUGGAGUGUCAGGGCGCUCGUGGCUCCUGCCACUACUUCUCCAACAUGCUGAGCUUCUGGCUGACCAGCGUGGACCGCGCCCAGGGCCUGGGCCACGCCCCCCAGCCCAGUGUCCUGAAGACAGCCGCUCAGCAGCGCCAGCGAACCAGCCGCUGUCACGUCUGCACCCGGGCGUGACCACGCCCUCCUCACCUCUGACCCGACGCCCCACCCUGACUUCCAGAACCAGCCGGACUGCUCUUCAUCUGGACCUGCUUGGUCAGGCUGACCAGUCCUGCUGGGUCAGGCUGACCGGGUCAGAUGUUGUGGUGUAAAUAUCUCUAGUUAGGAGUCCAAACGGUCUUUGUGUCUGGUGUCACCCCACACACACACACACACUCGCACCCCCCUCCAGCCCCAGGUAUAUAUCUCUGCUGUCAGAUCCUGAUCUAAUAAUCUGAUUGUGGAAAAUGUCAAAAGUUCAAAAGAAACAAAGUAAAAGAUUUCUUGAUCAGGUUUAAGUUGAUAUAUUUUUUAUUUGUUUCUCCGAACUGACCCCAAAUGACCAUCGGCGUACAGUACAUCUUUAAUCUGUUUACAAACAUCAGAAACACGGAGUGCAAAGACAGGGGACUGUGCUGUGCUCUCUACUGUUCACAGUGCCUUUUAACACACACACACAUGCACACACACAUGCACACA